AUGACUUUACUGCUAGAGAGCGUUCCUGCCUUUGAGGAUACCUGGGUUGAGUGUCUCGGUGACUUAGCCCGAUACCGCAUGGCCAUUGAAUCUUCCGGUCUUCAGGACCGGAAGACCUGGGCCAGCAUAACCCGGCAUUGGUACCACAAAGCAGCAGAUAAGAGGCCGAAUUUUGGCCGGAUCCAACAGCAUCUGGCUGUUCUUGCCUGGCCAGACAUGCUUCAAGAGCUCUUUUACUACACAAAAAGUCUGGUUAGCGUCGGCUUGUUUCCUCCUGCUGGAGAAAGAAUUACAUCAUUUUUCCAACGCGUUCCCAAUGAACCCAAGCCUGAUUAUCUACUGAUAUUUAGUUCUGUGUUUGUGACCGCUCAUGGAACUCUGCUCACGCAAGGUUCUCUGUCUGAUUUCAGAAUGCAUGUGGAUUUGCAUCUGCUCUACCUGAAUGAAUACAUCUGUCAACUUGGGAGUGAGUUCAAGAUGCAUGGGGUUCCUAUCACAUCGUGCAAUUUCGCUGCCAUUUUUCAGUAUGGGUCUACCAACGCUGUGCUAUCUAACGAAUUCAAGGAGGGCUUGGCACAAGACGAGACCAAUCUGGAUGUGCUAAUGAAUUGGACGCCUGUUGAGAACUUGGACACAAUUGAGGCUGAGUUUUGCGAGUAUCAGAACUCCCAAUCCCAGAAAAAACUGGUCUCCUACGGUGCUCAUGUCACCUUCGAGACUUUGUAUACCUUACUGGAUCAGAUUGGCAACAAAAAUGUCUUUCCAGCAGUGCACGCCUAUUUGGCCUUUAUCUGGUGCAUGACCCGUAAUGACAACAGCAUAAGACAUGUCGAACUAGUUGUGCCGUGGAGAAAACUCACUGUGUCCCUCAAUGCGAUGAUCUGGAGCAACAUGGAUUUUCGCGUCAUGGAAAGGGAUGAGAUCCCUGUCGCAGAGAACAGGAUGUGUUUUCCAGAAAAUUUCCUUUUCCGUGGGCAGGUCUGGAGUGCCUCUGGAGAGACAAAUUUUGUUGUAUUUGGCAAUAAUGCCUUUACGUAA